AUGGAUCCAAUGAAGGGUCGCACCCCACCACCCCCUCAUUCUUCCUCCCCUCACAACCCUUCCUCUUCUCCUUCCCAAAUCGCCUGCUCACCGACCAGUUUCCCAUCACCUCAACCGCCUUCGAUGCAAAACUCCAUCCUCGCCUCUCCUCCUCACAACUCCUCAUUCCGUCAACAAACCCCAUCAAUUUCUGUCCACGAAGCUUUGGGCCUAGAAGAAGAAGACGGACACGAAACCGAAACCGACACCGAUACAGAAAUCCAAACAGGUAGUAACGGACAUAUGGACUACAUCAUGACUCCAUCUCCGACUCCGUCUUCUCGCGAUAUAGGCAGACUCAGCGUUCCUCCAAGCAGCAGUAUUGGGAAUGCUCAUACUAGAUCAUUCGUUAGGUCUACUGGAGCUCCUUCACCGUCCCCAAAUGCUUAUCCCAUGUAUGCGAGUUCUUUCUGUGGUGCAUCUGACGAUGGAGAAGAGACAUACAAAUUUUCUCACAAGGGAGAUGGGUCUGAUGAGAGUGAUGGUGCUGUUGAUGGCAUUAGAGGUAUUUGCUAUGAUCUAAAUAUGUUUGAAAAGGUUUAUGGGGAUUAUAUUAAUCGUUUCGAUGGUGUAGAUAUGAUACGUUUGAAGAAGUCACAGAUUCGAAAGUUGGAAGAAGAGGUGAAGUAUUUGGAGAAGGUUUGUGAAAUGGCUGAGAAAAAGAAGAAGAACGGGGUGUCUAUCAACUAG